CUUGUUCAAUACGUGACCAUUUUGCCUUCUUCUUCUUCAACUCUCCAAUCCAUCAUUUCUCAUUACUCAUCUCUGUUUUUUCUUUUUAAAAACAAAACAAGAUCUCAAACUUUCUUCUUCUUUUAUUUCAUGGGUUCUUCUUCAGGUAGCUUAGACACUUCCAUAAAUUCUCAUCCAUCAAGUUUCAGUUUCUCCUCUGCCUUCAUGACCACUUCUUUCUCUGAUCUUCUUGCAUCCGGCGAUGACCAACCAAAUACUACUCAGAAUGUCAGGCGUGGCUUAUCUGAUAGAAUAGCAGAGAGAACUGGGUCCGGUAUCCCUAAAUUUAAGUCUAUUCCUCCUCCUUCUUUGCCUCUUUCUCCUCCUCCUGUUUCUCCUUCUUCUUACUUCGCUAUUCCUCCUGGUUUGAGCCCAACUGAGCUUCUUGACUCUCCAGUCUUGUUGAACUCUUCAAACAUUUUUCCAUCUCCAACUACUGGGACAUUUCCAACUCAGUUUGCUAAUUGGAAAACAAAUUCUGUUGAUAAUCAGCAAAAUGUGAAGCAAGAAGAUCAUAAUUAUUCUGAUUUCUCUUUCCAGCCUCCAACAAGACCCAACACAACCUCCUUAAACACAACAAUUCUAACUGCACAAAAACAGGGAUGGGGUUUUCAAGAAUCUGAAAAACAGAGCUUCUCCAAUGAAAUUGCUGCAAUUCAAACAAAAAGUCAAAGGAGCAAUGGCUUCCAAUCAGAUUAUGGUGGCCAGCAACAGCAACAGCAACAGCAACAGCAACAGCAGUAUCAGUCAAUUAGAGAACAAAAAAGAUCAGAAGAUGGAUAUAAUUGGAGAAAAUAUGGUCAAAAACAAGUUAAAGGAAGUGAAAAUCCUAGAAGUUAUUACAAGUGCACUUACCCUAAUUGUCCAACAAAAAAGAAGGUAGAGAAGUCUUUAGAUGGACAAAUAACUGAAAUUGUUUACAAAGGUAGCCAUAAUCAUCCUAAGCCUCAAUCUACAAGAAGAUCAUCAUCUUCUUCAUCUUCAGCUACCAAUCUGGCAAUUCAAGCUCCUAAUCAUGUAACAAAUGAUCUUCAAGAUCAAUCAUUUGUUACCCAUGGAAGUGGACAGAUGGACUCCGCUGCUACAACUGAUAAUUCCUCAAUAUCAGUAGGAGAUGAUGAUUUUGAUUCACAAAAGAGUAAAUCCAGAAGUGAGGAGUUUGAUGAAGAUGAACCAGAAGCCAAAAGAUGGAAAACAGAGACUGAAAAUGAAGGAAUUUCAGCACCUGGAAGCAGAACAGUGAGAGAACCUAGAGUUGUGGUUCAAACUACAAGUGACAUUGACAUUCUUGAUGAUGGUUACAGAUGGAGAAAAUAUGGGCAGAAAGUGGUUAAGGGAAAUCCAAAUCCUAGGAGCUACUACAAAUGUACACAUCCAGGAUGUCCUGUAAGAAAACAUGUUGAAAGAGCAUCCCAUGAUCUUAGAGCAGUGAUCACAACCUAUGAAGGAAAGCAUGACCAUGAUGUUCCGGCUGCUCGCGGCAGCGGUGGAAGCAAUAGGCCAUUGCCAGAGAGCAACAACGGUAACAACAAUGCAGCUAUGGCAAUAAGGCCAUCCGCUGUGAACCAUCGUUCUAACAACUUGCUGGGGGUGACAUCAGAAGGUGAAGCACCCUAUUCACUAGAGAUGUUUCAGAACCAAUCAAGCUAUGGAUUCUCAAGUUUUGGAAAUCAGAUGGGUUCUUACUUAAAUCAAACAUCAACUGACAAUGUUUUUUCCAGAACUAAAGAAGAACCAAGAGAUGAAAUGUUCCUCGAGUCAUUGCUAUGUUGAGAUUUGAAGAAGAAGAAGAAGAAGAAUGAGGUUAAGGAUUGAUUUGGAUCAAAUUUGCAAUAUAUUUGUUUCUUUUGUGCAUAUUUUUUAUAAAAGGGCUUUUCAUUUUUGUAAUAUUUUGAAA